AUGCUGGGGUGGAUGCUGAAGCGCGGUGACAACGCGCCAGACACGGGCGACGGAGAUACGACGCAGAUUGACCAGCCAGAUACUCCAGCACCGGUAUUUGCCGCCAGAGCCUUCAAAAGUGCCUUGUUUGGCACGCCGUCAAAACGAAAUGAGGACCGUCGGAGCACCCGAGGCGCGGCAUCAAGACGGCCUACAACCGCCACAAGACAAUCAUCCGAGACGCCAUCGAAGCCGCAGGGUAUUCUUCUUACGCCAGGGACUGGAACAUCCAAGAGAAAGCGCGUGUCAUUCGGUCACGAUGUACCAGGAGGAUCCACCACUAACCUCACCAAAAUAACUGAACAAGACGAAUCAACCGAGACACAGCGGCCAAAGAUCUCGGCAGAUGCAAAAGCGCAAAACAAUGCACGACCUGAGCAGACUGUGUCGGAUGACGAGUGGGAAGAAGAAGAGGACUACAGCAAUCACGACGUCACAAUCGACCUCAACGAACCGCACUCGCAAUCGGGUCGGUACUGGAAAGAGGAAUUCCUAAAGUACCACCAAGAGGCGAAGGCUGAAAUGGAGAAAUUGCUCAAGUAUAAGCAACUGGCAAAAUCCUAUGCACAGCAAAAGGACGCUGAAGCCAUCGAACUAGCUGAACGACUGCGUGACGAGCAGCAACGGGUCAUCAAAAUGGAAAAGAGGAUUGCCGAGAAUGCGUCGCAAAUUGUCACGCAGCAUGGGCAUCGGCCGGGCGAGGACCAGACUGAAAUGCUGACAAAGCUCUCCAAGCAAACCGCCCUGGCAGCACAGUACCGUCAUCGUGUACAGGAGCUUGAAGGCCAAAUGGAAGACUUGCUCACGCAAAGGGAUAAUAUGGCUGCAAAUGAUACGCCUCGCCGUCGAUAUGCCCCCAGCCCAUCGAUAUCAGCCACGCAAAAACAGCUGACAGAAACCCGACGAGAAUUGCGGCGAGCACGGUCUCAGUUAAAGGAAUUGGAUUCAUUACGCGAUGAAGUCUUUACCCUCAAAACACAAUUGAAAAAAGCGGAAUUAAAGCUGGUUGUCAAUGAAAAAGAGGAAGCGCGGGCCAGCAACGGACCACGAGCUCAGGAACUGCGUACUCUGCUCAAAGCUGCCAAGGAGGACUCCCGACGAAAAGACGAGGAGCUUCGUCAAUUGAGGAAUGAUUUUGAGGCGUUUAGGAAGGAAAGCGAAGUCCACGAGGCAGACACUAAAGCCGUGUUGGAGCGAGCUCACACCAAGAUUGCCGAUCUCAAAAAGGAGGUCAAGUCUCUCAAAUCUGCAGGGUCAGGACAGCCGAGACCGCACAGUUGGCAACCACAGACCACAGGUGACGACAUGAUCAAGGAGUCAAAGUCAGAUGAGCCCAUUCGAGACAAGGCCGAAAGGGCCGAGAGGCGAAGCCUGGACGAGCCGCGAAAUAUGCUUAAACGAACCCAGCCGCGAACAUUGAGGGAAAAGUUUGUGGAGGACGCAGCGUUGGCCCCGAAAUCAGAACCCGCCAAUAUGGCAGCACAGGAUACUCUCGGCAAACCUAAGUGGCAGCCAUUCAUCCCUCGGUCGCCCAGAAACCGUGCCUAUGUUGCGGAAGAUGCAGUCAACCGCCGUGUCCAGAUUGGCAAGACCAAGGACAUUGUCGCGCCAGAAUUGCCCGCUUUGGCGAGAAUCGCGAACCAUGGGCAAAACGCAUGGGCAUCCGGCGCGAAUGGCCAGGUCGAUCUCUUAUCCGAUCGAUUCGCCCGGUUGGGUGGCCCGGAUCCGAAUACCCAGAUCAACAGCUCUCUGGUGGGAAAUACGUCAAAGAGCACGCUGCCACCGGAGAGGCGAGCCGCCGCUCUUGCGAGAAUUGAAAAGCGAAUGGCUGAGAAGAAGAGGCUCCGAAAUCGAAACGGAGCGUAUGGCAAGGAGAAUGUGCGGCCUUAG